AUGGUGACAAAAUUCACGCGGCGGUAUCCUUCUGAACCGCUAGGAACGUCGCUGGCGCUGGGUGCCGUGGAAGCUCAGGCUCAGAUGCAGGAGCUUUUGCAUCUUCAUGCGGUUGCCAUUGCGCUUGCUGAUGGGGCUCACCUUUUCACACUCAGGGAGAUGAAUCGGCGCUUUAUCGCCAAAUGCUUCGAGUUCUAUCCUAAGGAGGGUGGCCUGCGCGCCCCCAACCGUCUGGAGGCCGAGGUUGCCGAUCAGCGCUUGUGGCAGCAGAUUGCAGCUUUGUAUAAUGACGAAUCUUGGACGUUGGACCAGGCCAUACGCGAGAUUGUUGUCGCGCGUAAUGAAGUGGCCGUGCAGCUUAUGCCCCGUGCAGUGCCGCCGAAGUCUUCAUGGCCAGAGCGUCCUCGCAAAGGUUUGGGCAAAGGCAAGGAUUUCAAUG